AUGAAACUGAUGGAUUUUCGGCAAAAGGGCGAAAGUGAAGAAUGGCCAGGAGACAAGAAUGACAGGAUCUAUCGACAUAUCGACAUCGAGAAUCGACAAAAUGGACGACAGAUGGGUGCACAACAAAACCAACACCGCCUACAUUUCGCGAAGAGCAUGCUGGCCAGCCAACGACCUGUGGAGAAGCCUAAGCUCGCUAUGGCGAGCCUGCCUAAGUUUGAUGAAAAAAAUCUCCUUGCCACUCCAGCAUACACAUUGUCUCAGUACUCUGGACAGCGGGCCCUGCCGUCCCAGAGGUCGGACGGUAUGGCGACUGGUGAGAGACGAUGA